AUGGCGGACCUCAUCCACAAGCUCAAGCACGGCGGUGGCCACAUCAAGGAAGGCUCCGCCCUUAAGUCUGGCAUCCUGUUGAAAGAGAACAACCCCGAACAGGGAACGAUCAAGCUGGGUGAUCUUGUCGGCCGAAAUCUCAUCAUCGGAAUUCCAGGCGCAUUCACCCCGCCCUGCUCCAGCCACGUGCCAGGCUAUGUCCAGCACUAUGAUGCAUUUGUCCAGAAGGGUAUUAAGGACAUCUACGUUGUAGCAGUGAACGACGCCUUCGUGACGAUGGCGUGGAAGGAGAAGCUCGGCGCAUCCGCCAGCCAGGUGCACUUCCUCGCUGACGACGACGGAUCCUUUACCUCUGAGGUCGGCAUGCUCUUCGACGCAAAGGGACUGCUCGGCAACAAGCGCAGCAAGCGCUACGUGCUCGUCGUCGACGAUGGCAUUGUUAAGCACGUCUUUGUCGAGAGCGAAGUUGCGAACGUCGAGGUCACCAAGGCCGAGAACGUGCUCGGCAAGAUCUGA